CGAGGAGCCCGAGCAGCCGGAGGAGGGGCAUGGAACCGCCGCGGGCCUGCUGAGCACCGGAGCGCGGGCAGCCGGCAAAAGGCACGAUGCCGGUGCAGCUGACAACAGCGCUGCGUGUGGUGGGCACCAGCCUGUUUGCCCUAGCGGUGCUGGGUGGCAUCCUGGCAGCCUAUGUAACAGGCUACCAGUUCAUCCACACAGAAAAACAUUACCUCUCCUUCGGCCUAUACGGCGCCAUCCUGGGCCUGCACCUGCUCAUCCAGAGCCUGUUCGCCUUCCUGGAGCACCGGCGCAUGCGCAGGGCAGGGCGGCCACUGAAGCUAUCCAGCGCACGGCGGCGCUCUGUGGCACUGUGCAUUGCCGCCUACCAGGAGGACCCUGACUAUUUGCGCAAGUGCUUGCGCUCAGCCCAACGCAUCGCCUUCCCAGACCUCAAGGUGGUCAUGGUGGUGGAUGGCAAUCGCCAGGAGGACGCCUACAUGCUGGACAUCUUCCACGAGGUUCUCGGCGGCACUGAGCAAGCUGGCUUCUUUGUGUGGCGCAGCAACUUCCAUGAGGCGGGUGAGGGCGAGACGGAGGCCAGUCUGCAGGAGGGCAUGGAGCGCGUGCGCACCGUGGUAUGGGCCAGCACCUUCUCGUGCAUCAUGCAGAAGUGGGGAGGCAAGCGCGAGGUCAUGUACACAGCCUUCAAAGCCCUUGGUGACUCGGUGGACUACAUCCAGGUGUGCGACUCUGACACUGUGCUGGACCCAGCCUGCACCAUCGAGAUGCUUCGAGUCCUGGAGGAGGAUCCUCAAGUGGGGGGCGUCGGGGGAGAUGUCCAAAUCCUCAACAAAUACGAUUCCUGGAUCUCCUUCCUGAGCAGUGUGCGGUACUGGAUGGCCUUCAAUGUGGAGCGGGCCUGCCAGUCCUACUUUGGCUGUGUGCAGUGUAUUAGUGGGCCCUUGGGCAUGUACCGCAACAGCCUCCUCCAGCAGUUCCUGGAGGACUGGUACCAUCAGAAGUUCCUAGGCAGCAAGUGCAGCUUUGGGGAUGACCGGCACCUUACCAACCGAGUCCUGAGCCUUGGCUACCGGACUAAGUAUACAGCGCGCUCCAAGUGCCUCACAGAGACCCCCACCAAGUACCUCCGGUGGCUCAACCAGCAGACCCGCUGGAGCAAGUCUUACUUCCGGGAGUGGCUCUACAACUCUCUGUGGUUCCAUAAGCACCACCUCUGGAUGACCUAUGAAUCAGUGGUCACAGGCUUCUUCCCCUUCUUCCUCAUUGCCACGGUCAUCCAGCUUUUCUACCGUGGCCGUAUCUGGAACAUUCUCCUCUUCCUGCUGACAGUGCAGCUGGUGGGCAUUAUCAAGGCUACCUAUGCCUGCUUCCUUCGAGGCAAUGCAGAGAUGAUCUUCAUGUCCCUGUACUCCCUUCUCUAUAUGUCUAGCCUCCUGCCAGCCAAGAUCUUUGCCAUUGCUACCAUCAACAAAUCUGGCUGGGGCACUUCUGGCCGAAAAACCAUUGUGGUGAACUUCAUUGGCCUCAUCCCUGUGUCCAUCUGGGUGGCAGUUCUUCUUGGGGGGCUGGCCUACACAGCUUAUUGCCAGGACCUGUUCAGUGAGACUGAGCUAGCCUUCCUUGUCUCUGGGGCCAUCCUGUAUGGCUGCUACUGGGUGGCUCUCCUCAUGCUCUAUCUGGCCAUAAUUGCCCGGCGAUGUGGGAAGAAGCCCGAGCAGUAUAGCUUGGCUUUUGCUGAGGUGUAACAGCCCUCAAACGGAGUGGGAAACGUGCAAUGGGCCAGGGAGGGAAGGGGAAUGGAAGAGAAAAGAUGGGGUGGGAGGGAGGGAGUGUUGUGUUUUAGUUUAAUGGUUCAAAGGACAAAUCUGAAAUGCAGAGAAUUGUGACUGUAGUAUGGCCUGAGCAGCUCUGCUCAGAGAAGGCAACACCGAUUCUUCAGGCUUAGUACAGAGGGGGCUUGUUUGUUUUCAGGCUGCUUGUCUGCUUGCCCAGCACACAGGUAGUGGAUUCUAGAUCCUACUUCCUCCCACUGGGAUCUAGAGGGAACUCCAGAAGUGUGUCAGAAGCUAAGCAGUAAGUUCCAUUCUGUGACAUCUUCUGAUAGGUAAGUGAACAAUGACAGCCUGUGGGAAGGCAUCCUUAGCCCAUCUGAACACCACAAGAAGUGGUAUGAAAAUUUCCAGAGUUCUGGGUCAGCUAGUGUCUUCUCCCUCCCCAACCCCUAACUAGUCAUCAAUGCAGUAAGAUUGUGUCUGAGAUAUAAGGCCCAGAAAUCCGAUCUUUGGGCAUCAGAAAACAGGGUCUAGGAAUGGUGCUUUAUGUGAUAUCUCCCCCUGCACAUCUCAGCAUCCCAGAGAUGUGCCAAACCAGCAGGAAUUAGCACUGAUCUGCUUCAUAGUAAAAAGGAAAGUUUGCCAAGAGGAACAAAGAUGGUGGUGCUAAAGACCACGGAUUACUUGGGUUGAAUGUAUUCCAACUGGAAACAGCUGAGCUUCUAGUUGUAUUCUAAACUUAUCUCUGACCUCUGCUGGGCAGACAAAAUGUUUUGGCCAUCUCAGAAGGCUCAAACCCCAGUGCGUUCAGAUAUGAAGCAAAGUCUUGUGUAUUUUAACCUGUACACUACUAAAUUCCUCUCAAAUUCAGCUGUGAUCUGAGGCUAGACAUCCUAUCCUCACUUCACUUUCUUCAAAGGCACAUUUACAAGUGUGUGUGGGAGGGGGAGGGGUGAAUAAAAACAGUAGUCACCUCUUCCUCAUCACCAUCAUGUCUGAGUUUCUUAAGGUGGCAACUGAGACCGAGCCUGGACUCUUAUAGUACCUUGUGCAAUAGGCAAGCCAGUUCUCUGCAUAUACAGGAAGAAUACUGAGAGUCUCUGAGCAAAGUGGUUACCAUCUUGAAAAGUAUGUGUGACUUUUGUUACUAUACUCAACAGUCAUCUCCAAUGGAAAGCUUUUUAAUGUUGCCCAAGUAAGCCCUCAAAUCCAAACUGGUUAUCUUUGAGACUGUCCAUUUUCGUCGGUGACUUCUGCAG